AUGAGCUCGACAGUUUCCUUGUUCGAGUUGGCAAUCGAAGCGGCGGUUAAAAUCCCUUUCAACGAAGUGGACGAGUUCUUCCUCUCGCGCGGCCAGCUCGUACCAGAGGACGAUUUAGUGAUAAAAUGCGCCAACGCGACACUGCCAGAUCUAGCCGUCAUCGAAGCCAUCGAGUUCGACGCUAGAAAAGACGAAAUAACGGACUGCGAGUGCGCCCAGUUCAAGAAUGUAAACCAGAGCGGCUUUAUGAUCUUCGCCACUUGGAGCUGCCGAGUCCACGGAAGCGGCACCGUCAGCGUCAAGUGGUCCCAGCGGCGCGUGACGAGUUUCUCCUGCCACUGCACUCCCAGCCAGUCUUUCCUCUUCAUGUGCCCACACGCGGCGAUGCUGCUCAAAAGAAGAAUACAGAAGUGCCCCUACAGUGUCGACAAUCAAUUAGCGCCCCUGACGAAUAUUUUGAUGAACCUCUCAGUUUCGCAGCUGCAGGAAACGCUGCUGGAAGUGACGCAGUGGGAAAUCUCUGGAAAGGACAUUUUCGACCUCAAUUUCGAUAUUGACGAUCCGAUCGAGUGUAUUCCAGACGUAACGAUGGACAACGAGUCGGGAAUGCACGAGCACUGGAUGUUCUUGAACAAAGAAGUCAACUUUUCCAGCGAAAAACAAAUCGGCCAAACCUCAAAGGCGAUUUUGAAACUAGCGCGGCUGUCUUCUUCCUUUCCCGAAGUCGUGUAUUUGUUCAAAGACAUCGUCGAUUUCUGUGACACGGCAAACGAUGAAAUGAUGAAGGUGUCGCAUAGUCUGUACGCGGCGCUGCUCGCUCACGAGCCCCUCCACUCUUUGGUGGAGCAAUUCGAGCGCCUCUUUCCCGAACUGCGCCUUUCCGGCUUCCGAGAGAAGCUCGAGCCCAGAUGCGCGUCACUCUUCGCAGCGGAGAGCCUUUCGCUGACGAUGAUCGAAGUUGUCGACUCGCUGCUGUCUGCCGCCUUUCCCAGCGUGGAACUGUUCUUUUCCUUCCUCAUUCCAGCCCUGGUCGUCAUCUACAAGCGGGAGAGCGAGAAGCCCAGCUCGUGGCAGCUCUUAAACUACAUGCAGCCCUCCAUUCUUCACCUCGACGCCCGAGAACUUUCAAGAGUCAAAAACUGCCUUUCCGUUGCCUUCCCUUGA